AUGCUCACAGCACCCAUCCUUCGCCUGCCAGUGGAGCUUCAUUCGGAAAUCAUCAAACUCCUUGAUAUUCGCGAUAGAGUCAACCUGGCUUCCACAUCCCGCUACUUCAGAUUCCUCAUUCCUGCGCCAACGCACAACGAGCUUCUAGUCGCUGAGGACAGCGCAUGGGCGAAGUCGAGUCAGCUAUAUGCUUGUAAGGGUUGCCUGAAUUUCUGGAGUUGGGCUAGCUUUGAGGACAGUAUGAGGAAAGGAAAAUGGUGUCGCAGUGGGGCGUUGGCGAGUUCAAGACUAUGUCUAAAAUGCGGGGUAAACAGUGCGCUAUAUACUCCGGGUGUGCAUCUCAGAGUCUGUAAUCGGGCAUAUGUACUCUGCGCUCAAUGCCGGCGACUAACUGAUCAGAUCGGUCGCCAUGGCAUGUGUACUACAUGCUCUCCCGACAUGCCGCGAGAUCACCAGUCUCAGUAUUUCGAUGAUGACGACGACUGGACCUACAUGAAAGACCGAAUCUCCGACGGCAAUCACAUGCAAGAAUUCAGUGACUGGCCUGAAGAAGAGCAUUUAUCUAGGUACUGA